AUGAAAACGAGCACAAGCAGGCAACAUCUGGCAUCAGUCUCAGUCGCUGUGAUUUUGCUGAGUGGCGUUGCUAACGAAUUACAAGACGUCCCAUGCCGGGCCCAAAGUGGCAUCCAAGGUGCUAGUCGGCUGCAUCUGGCAAGUGGCUUCGUAGAUGACCAAGAACCACCACGCCAACGCAAGCUCCCGGGCCUGUCUUCCCACAGUCGGUUGGCUAAUAAAGGUACGUUGGAAAGUGAUUGGGACGGAGUGAAUGACGAUCGGAACACUGGCGGCCACCGCAUUCUACAUGCUGCGGGAGACUUUGAUGACAGUAUCGAAGAAGCUCGAAAAUUUGUUAGCCACGUAGUACAGGAUUUGUGCGAGGGCUCCGGCGUAUGCUCAGCUAAAAAAGCUCCCACUCCGACAAUUAUGGGUUACCUUGACCAUAAGCUGUUGACGGAUCGCAAAAUCGGUGCAGACACGGGCAAAGACCAGCACUACUGCUCAUGGGAUAGGGCCAGGGUGGCAGGCGAGCUAUAUGACAAUUUGGAUCGUAGUAGUAUGCUGCAGCUACUCAAGAGGUGCGAGACAAUUGUCGGUCGUCCCAAAGGAACUACCGACCAGUGGUUCUUGGCGAAGCUUCUGCAGAGGUUCGUACCCCUCAAGUCCCUGGUAGUACUUGCCAAACGUCUUCGUAUAAAAAUUAGCGAGUUCGACGUUAAUUGCCGGAAGCCGUUCAAUAUUUACGACAUCAUAAUGGCGCGACAUUUCACUCGACUACCGGAGACAACCGGGUCUGAGAAACUUAUCAUCUGGUCAAUAUCUCAGGUUGUCUCCUGGCUGCUCGAGACCAAUCUACGCCGGUGUGGCUUCGAGCCGAUCAUGGCAAGGGUCAUGAAUAAGAACAAUUAUUACUGGACUGCCGUCGACAGUGACUCUAUCGAACUCACAACGUGUCUAUUCAAACUUUGGGGCCCUGAACGCUUCAGGACCGUAACCUGCCUUGCCAGAGCCCUCAUGCCCGUUAAAGCUCUCCACAUGUCCGACGCCUGCUUCUUAGCUUGCUUCAUCCGCGGAGUCGGGGGAGCAGUUCCAUGGAGGAGAAGCUCGUUUUGUCAGCACAUUGGAUUUUCCUAUACUGGGCGACGAGACAUAAGAGAAACUGUGGAUGAAGGCUCUGACUUUUUCGGAUACCUACCAAUCAAUUGGGAUCGACGAGCUUCAAAUCCUGCAACGGAAUCUCACCCGCGUCCCUUGACCAUCUCACAUUCACCGGCAGUGUCAACACCGGCAGUGUCAACACCGGCAGUGUCAGCACCAGCAGUGUCAACACCAGCAGUGUCAACACCAGCAGUGUCAACAGAAGCAGUGUCAACAGAAGCAGUG